GGCGGUACCGGCACCCCCCUGCUCGCCGAGUGCCCCGGUAACGAUGAUGAGCGCGAGAGGCGCCAGCGCCGCCGCUCCAGGGCGGUGGAUUCGUCGCUGCAGGGUCUCGGUUCCCCCUCCCUUAGGCCCGAGGGCUGGCAGCCGCCGCUGCCGCAGUGGAGCAACGCGCAGAUCUCGGAGCACUACAGCACCUGCAUCAAACUCUCCGCCGAGAACAAAAUCACCACCAAAAACGCCUUUGGGCUUCACCUCAUCGAUUACAUGACCGACAUCCUCAAGCAGAAGAACUCGGAGCUCACCAACUUCCAGGUGGCGGCCGGGACUUUGGAUGCCAGCGCCAAAAUCUACGCCGUGCGCGUGGAUUCCGUCCACGCCGACGCCUUCAGGGUCCUGGGCCACCUGGGCAAGGAGCCCACCCCUGCCAGGGAGCCACACAGCCCCGGGGAAGGAUCCAGCCCAGCCCCUCAAGCCCCCACCAAACCCCAACCCAAGAAGAAGCAAAGCUUCAAAACCGUCGAGAAGAACCUGAGCAACAUCAACGCUCCCGAUUCCGGCCGCCGCUCCGAGGUGGAUCCCAUGUUCCAGAGAGCGGCUGCUUCCUUUGACGAGUGCAGCACGGCCGGGAUUUUCCUGCCGGGGCUGCGCUCCCGGAGCUUCCGGAGCCGCCUCCUUUUCCCGUCGGAGCUGAUCCCGCUGCCCUCCUCGGAUAUUCCGGAGCUUCCCAGCUCCCGGCCCCUCACCGUGCCCACGCUCAGAGCCCUGCUGGCCCCGGGCCUGGAAAAACGCCGGAUCUGCUCCUCCCUGGCCGGAUUCCAGUUCAGCACCUGGGACGAGGAGUCCCACAACGAGGUGGCGGGGCCGCUGGAGCUGUCGCUGUCCCUGGCGCUGCAUCCCGGGGAAUAUUCCUACUUCAGCCCCCGCACGCUCUCCAUGUGGGCCGGGCCCCAGCACUGGAGAUUCCGGCCCCGCCACCACCCAGCCGCAGACUCAGAGAAGGAUUCCCGGCGGAGAAUUCCCAGGAAACUUUUCCAGUUGGAUUUCCAGGAGGACGUCGACUUCCAGCCCCAUUUCCAGAAGCCCAAGGUCUCCGUGACUCUGGGCAGAUCCGUCGGGAGCAGCCGGAGCCUCCGGAGCACGACGCUUCCCGCGGAUUUCAACUACGAGCCCCGGAGCCUGGCCCAGCUCUUCCUGAAACCCCGCGUCACCCUCGGCCGGAGCUCGGAUCCAGCGGGAGCCCUGGAGAGCGAGGCCGGGAUCGAGGAUUACGACUACGACAAUCCCAACGACACUUCCAACUUCUGUCCCGGCCUGCAGGUCCCGGACAGCGACGACGAUCCCGAUCCCGAUCCCGAUCCCGAUCCCGCGGAAUUCCCGGGCCAGGCCGGGCAUUUCCAGCUCCCGGCUCAUCCCGAGGCUCCGGAGAAUUCCGGGAUCGGCGGCGGGAACAUCCCGGGCUGUGGGGAGCUGGAGCUGAUCGCUGAGCCCCAGAAGAUCCAUAAAAUCCCGAUCCAAUACGCCAAGGCCGCCAAGAGGAUGGACAUGAGGAGGCUGAAGAGGAACAUGUGGGAGCUGCUGACGGAGCAGGAGGAAGGAGCCGGGGAAGGGCCGGACACGGCGGUGACCGGAGAGAAAGUCCUGAGUGAGCUGACCCGGGAUCUGCUCCACAGGCUCCCUCCCGCCAUGGCCACCAACCUGUCGGUGCCCUUGGCCUUCGUGUGCCUCCUGCACCUGGCCAACGAGAAGGGCCUGAGGCUGGAGAGCACCGAGGAGCUCUCGGACGUUCGGGUGUGCCCGGGUCCCUGAGCCGGGAAUUCCGGGAAUUCCGGGAAUUCUGGGAAUUCUGGGAAUUCCCUGAUCCAAAAUCCGGGAAUGCAGCGGUGUCCCGGAUCCCGAUCCGGCCGGGAUUGGGAAUUCCUGCGCCUCACUGAGCCUGCUCUGGCCUGGGAAUUCCGGGUUAUCCCAAAUUUCCCUUUUAUCCCAAACAUUCCUGUGUGUCCCAAAAUUUCCCGUUUAUCCCAAAUUUCCCGUUUAUCC